CAUAGGAAGCAGCUGAAGAAGGAGUCGGUCGAUCUGGCGCUGGCCCACUACGACAACUUCUACUCGAAGGUGUACCAGGAGCAGUGGCAAUCGAUUCGCCUGGGUCUGCUUUCGCCGAACAAGUACGCCGCCAUUGUCAACCAUUUUGGCGACUCGGAGGCGGUGCAGAUUGCCCUCAGACAGGCGGGGGCCUACGAUCUGCAGUACAUCUACGAGAAGAACCUCAGGCGGAUACUGCGACAGCUGGAGAAGAAGCGCUUCUUUGCCGCGAGAAAGGCCGAAAAGAGGAGGGGUGAUGCUGAGGAGGGAAGGGCAGAGAUGAGCUCUGAUGAUGAACACGUUCAUCCGAGCAUACUGGAGGCAUCCGGAGCGACCUCUGAUUCUGAAUUCGAAUCAAUCAACGCCUUCUUCACCGACUCAGAGGGCGGCGGCGAAGACGGCGGCGGUUUCAUCAACGAGGCGCAGAUGGACCUCAAUCUAAACGACUACGUGCCCGUCUCCGACCUGAAGUACGCCGAGGAGACGGUGGACGACGCGGACUACUUCAAGUUCUACGACAUUCACUCGGAGGUGCCGGUGACGGUGGUCGAGCAGAACGUCCUCCGCUACCCCACCAACCUCAGUCUGUUCACCUUUCCGCGCAACAACUUCUCCACCUUUCCCUCGCCGAAGCUCCGUCAGACGAACCUCUUCGACUACUACCUCAUCGACGCCGCGUCCGCCCUGCCCGCCCUGUUGCUGGACAUCCAGGAUGGCGACUACGUAGCCGACUUCUGUGCCGCACCGGGCGGCAAGUCGCUUCUGCUCUACCUGAUGCUCAAGGACUGCCGCUUCUUCCUCAAUGAGAAGUCGCUCUCUCGCUUCAAACGGCUACAGAACGUCUUUGCCUCCUUUGUGCCCCGUAGCAGCCAGGCGAACAUCGAGUUCUGCAACUGCGACGCCAACAGCCUCCGCAUCUCAAAGCCGAACACCUUUGACCGGAUUCUCGUCGAUGCGCCGUGCUCCAACGACCGCCACUCGCUGUAUGUCAACGACAAUAACAUCUUUGCGCCGAAGCGCAUCAACGAGCGCAUCGGCCUCCCUUCCCAGCAGAUGGACCUCCUCCUCAGCGCCCUGUACGCCGUCCGGCCAGGGGGCACCGUCGUCUACAGCACCUGCAGUCUGUCGCCCAUUCAGAAUGACGGCGUCGUCCAUAUGGCCCUCCAGCGACUCGCCCAGGAAGGGAGCACCAGCACUUUUAGUGUGGUCAACCUAAAAGAGGCGCUGCGGCCGCUGAGGGGCGUCUUUGCGCUGAACCACAGCUUCAAGUACGGCACCCAGGUGGUGCCCUUUCUGCCCUCCAACUUUGGACCGAUGUACUUCGCCAAGUUGGUGCGCACUGCCUAG